AUGGCCAAGAUAAUACAUGAAAACGACACAAACGACAAAGAAAGCAUGGGUCCCGAAACACCAGUACCACCAAGACGGGGCGGGCAACCAGGUUCGAGUUUACUUAGGGGUUGUAUAUGGGUGCUGGCCAUCAUCUCCAUCUCCUUCUUCUCCAUCGGCGUGUACGAGCACACGAGCCCGUGGAGGCAGACAGAUCUACGACGACAGGUGCAGGGACCACCACCACCACCACCGCCAGCAACAUGGCAGGCCGCGCUCGAGAGCCUCAUGUCCCCGGACACGGCAGAGUCGUUGGUGACGGACCAACAGCUGAGGCGUAGCCUCGGCUUCGCGGUCGAAUUCACAGCCAGCUUGACGCGGGACCUGGGCCACAAGUACGACCUGCCUUCGCUCAACGAGGUCGGCGACAAGCUGGCAAAGGUGCGCAGGGACUUGGAGAACCUGGACAAGGUGCCGUUGUCCAGGAAGCGACAGCUCUUCCCCGGCAUGCCGAGUCCCGGCAGCGGAGGUGGCUUUUUCAGCAGCCUCCUCCCGGGAGGAGGAGCAGGAGCAGGAGGAGGAGGAGGUGCGGACGGCGAGCAACAAACCGGCGGGCUCCUGUCCCAGAUGAGCAGCGGGGUGAUCAGCGAGCUGGCCAAGCCGCUCAAGGAAGCCCUGAGCGGCGUCAAAGACAAGCUCGUCCAGAACGCUGGCGGUGCGACAUUCUUCCUCGGCGUCGGAGUCGGCGGCGGCACGGCUCAGGGAAUGAACUUGACAGACGGACCGGGCACCAAAGCCCUCAUGGAAAAGGUGGCAGCCGACAACGGGCAGACCGCAUCAGGCUUGAACCCGGCCAUCGAGAACCUCGGCAUGGGUCUCACGGCAACCCUGCUCGGCGCGGUGGACAUCAAGGAAUUGGGCAACAAGUUCAACAUCACCGAGCUGCUCGGCGACACCCCGUUGUCCGACGUUGCUCUCUCCAUGUCCGAGGGUCUGGGAGGCGGUGCCGCCAAGGGACUGAACCUCGGCAACGGCGCCCAGUUGACCGCCCCCCGAGGCAGCAAGGUGCGAGACGUCGUUGGAGCCUUGGGCUUUGGACUCACCGACUCGGUGACCAGCGCCAUGAGCAAAGGCGGAUCCGUCACCCCCGACAUCACCAGCUUCAACAUAACACCUAUCCUCGGCGGCCAGAGCCUGACUCAGGUGGCCUUUGGACUCGCCGACGGCCUGGGUACCGGCGCCGCCAAGGGCCUGAAGAUGGGCAACGCAGUCAACGCCCAACCUGCCACCGGAACACAGGCCUCGGACGUCGUCAACGCCUUCGGCUUCGGUCUGACCAACUCUGUGACCCGCAACAUCGACACCAGCAAGAGUUUCGACCUUGGCAGCUUCAACGUCACCCCGUUCCUCGGCGGGCAGAGCCUGACGCAGGUGGCCUUUGGACUCGCCGACGGUCUAGGCACCGGCGCCGCCAAGGGCCUGAAGAUGGGCAAUGCCACCACGGCCACGCCCCCUGCUGGAAACCAAGCCUCGGACGUGGUCGGCGCCUUCGGCUUCGCCCUGACCGACGCCGUGACGCGCAACCUCGACACCAACAAGACCUUUGACCUGACCAGCAGCUUCAACAUCAGCCAGCUGCUGGGCGGCCAGACGCUGGCGCAGGUGGCGCGCAUGUUCGCCGACGGCAUCGGUAGCGGCGCCACCAAGGGCCUCAACCUGGGCAACGCACGGGUCCGCAACGUCGAGCCGCCGCAGGGCACCUCGGCCGCCGACGUGGCCGGCGCCUUUGGCUUCGGCCUGACCGAGUCUCUGACCCGCAGCUUUGACGGCGACGGCGCCGGUGCCGGCUUGCCCAUGAACUUUGACAUUGACGGCACGCUCCAGAAGACGUUCCCGGGGCUCAAGAUCGGCAGCGUCGUGCAGGGCUUCGCCAGGGGUUUCCUCCAGGGUGCCAGCGACUCCAUCAUCAUGAUGGGCGGCAUCCAGGCCAUGAUGAACGGCACCGCCGUCAUCCCGACCACGUUCCCCAACGAGACCAUCGCCUUCAACGACACGCUGGGCGGCGCCGGUACGGGAUUCGGCCAGGGGCUCGGAGGCCAGGGCGUCAUCGUGGCCGCCGAGCUCAUCGCCAAGCAGUUCCCCGAUGCUCUCAAGAUACCCGGUGCCAACAACCGCAGCAUCCCCACGCGGCCGCUGUUCGACAAGGCCGACCUUGCGCCCGCGCGGUUGGCUCGUCGUGACGGCCCCAUCCUCGCCGGGCCUGGCUUCAACCUGUCGGCCAUCAUAAACGCCGACACCAUCUCCAACGGGACCCAGACCGUCCUGGACCUGCUGCAAUGCGAGGGUGUCGGUGGCAUCAUCCUCAUCGGCGUCGGUCUGAUCCGCAGCGGCGCCAUCUCGUUCAACGUCAUGGACAUCAUCAAGGGCGGCAACCCCAUCUCUAAGUUUGGUCUCAACGAAAACGUCACCAACACCAUCCGACAGGUCAUCCCCAACGGUACCAUCCACUUCACGAGCCGCGGUAACUUUUACGACAUUGACGGCACAGGAAUCAAGGGCGCGCUUGACGGCAACAUGAACGGUGCCAUUGAUGGCAUCAAGAUCAACAGCCUCAAGCUCAUCCCCUUUAUCGUCUUGCUCAUCAUGCACAUUCUGUUUGCCAUCAUCUUCUUCAUCGCCAUGCUUCCGCUGGCACUGUGCCUCGAAUCCGCCCGCAACAUCCUGGCCCGCAUGGCGUCGCCGUACCUGACGCUCCCGCGCAAGACCUCCAAGUGGAUCGGCAUCAUGUACGGGUACGUCAUCGCGCCAUUUCUCAUCAUCGUCUUCGUCUUUGGCAUCGUGGUGGCCGGGUCGCGACAGGACCACUUCCGCAACGCCCACGCCAUCCUCGGCCUGCUGUCCGUCAUCUUUGGCCUGCCCACCAUCGCCCUGUACUGGACCGACACGCGGCUGGCCGUGACCCGCGCCCGCGUCCUGUCCGUCCUGGCCCGGGACAUCAACACGGCCACGUUCCGCAUGGCCAUGAUCCGCGCCAUCACCAACCAGCUGUUCCAGACCCUUGCCGUCACGACCAUACUGUCGGGCUUCGGCCAGAUCUCCGGCGUGGCCCUGUGCGCCACCCAGAUCGUCCCCUUUGAGUUCGCCCUCUCCAUAGGCUUCGCCUUCGCCAGCAUCUCGUCCAUCGGCAUGAUGCUCAACUGGCUCGACUUCUACAUGGCCUGGCGCAUCUCGCGCAUCCCCAAGGCCAUGAAGACCCCCGACGCCUCUGGCAGCGACACCAACGAAGGUGGCGACGAAGAGGCCGUCGCCGGCCGUGCCGUCUCCAAGGGGAAGCGCCCGGUGCGCGGCGACCCGGAAAAGACGGAGCGCCCGUCCAUGGCGCCGCGGGAGAGCAGCGGCAUCUUCUAUCCCGAGAAGUCGGUGGCGCCGCCGCGGCUGGACAAUAGCAGCUUCUUCUUCUCCGAAAAGACCGCGCGGUCGCGCGAGGAUGGUACCUUCUUCUACCCCGAGGAAAAGUCGCCAACCUCCAUCGGGCAUGAUGAUGUGCGGUCCUACAUGACCGCUGCAUCACCGUCCCAACCGAGAGCAGCGCCUACGGGCGGCGAUCAGACGAAGGAAACUGAAAAAACAACACGAUCACCACUACCUGUAUUGAAGAGUGGCACAUCGAGAAACAUAAGGGAGCUAUAUGAUAAUAAAAUCUAG